AAGUUUCUAGAAGGAAGAAAGAACCGCUUUCAUUAUUCACGAGCUUGCUCGUCGACGCUCGGAAAUCGGCCAAGAUCGGAGAAAGUAGAAAGAAAAUGGUGAACCUUGUGCUUGAGAUCUCCGCUGACCUCGAGAAUCUCACAAAUCUUCAACCCAGUGGCGGCUGCGACGAUCCUGAGUUCCCUUUCUUCUUCAAGUUGAGAUGUGGAAACUGCGGGGAGAUGACCCCAAAAGAAACAUGUGUGACCUUGGGUGAGACAGUUCCUGUUCCUGGUAGCCGGGGUACUUGUCAUCUUGUACAGAAGUGUAAGUUCUGUGAAAGGGAAGGGAACGUGACAAUGGUUCCAAGCAAAGGCCGACCAUUAACUCAAGAAGACACCGAAGCAGGGAAGUAUGCCCCUGUAAUGGCGUUCGACUUCCGCGGCUACGAACCCGAGGAUUUCGUGUUUGGUGAUGGCUGGAAGGCUGAAUCUUUAGAGGGAACCAAAUUCGAAGGCAUCGAUUUGUCGAGCGGAGAAUUCGCAGAGUACGACGAGAAGGGAGAGUGCCCUGUAAUGAUUUCGAACCUUCGUGCAAGAUUCAGAGUCGUCAAAUAAAUAGAAGGGGGGGGGGGUUCUCUCAGGAAAAAAAAAAAACUAGUUUCUGGUUCUUCAGUGGAUUUCUCUACUAAUAAGUUGGCGUUGGCAUAAUCUCUCGCUUUGGUGGAUUUCGCUACUAGUAACUUCAGCUGUAAAAGUCACCCCCAGUUCCAAAGUUUGUCGUUGUCGAAUCAAUUUAGGAGUGGGGAAUCUGGUAUUAAGUUUGGUCCAAUUGGUAUAUGUAUGGUUCAGUAUCGGUUUAUCGGUAUCGGCGGGUGGUUUCGUAUUCGGUUUGGCUUCAAUCGACAAUCAGUAUCAGUUGUGCAGAUU